CGAGCGGAUGUACCGGAAGUGUCCCAUUGCCCUCCACUCGCCUCCAUCUCUGUGCUUUUGGGAAACCUGUAGGACGACUUGUCUUAAAUCAUGGUGUUUGAGAAGAAAAUGAUCUUAAACGGAGACCCAGAGGAGGAGGAGGAGGAAGAAGAGGAAGAAAUGGUGGACCCAUUAGAGACAGUCAGGCAGAAAUGCGAGGAGACGGAGCACUGCGUCCACACGCGUGAGAAACUCGACCUGUGUGAGACGAGGGUGAACUCACGGUCGACUGAAGAGGAUUGCACUGAGGAGCUCUUCGAUUUCCUGCAUGCUCGGGAUCACUGCGUGGCCCACAAGCUCUUCCACUCGGUCAAAUGAAGCUCCUCAGAUCCUCAUCACUGUUUCUUCUUGGCUGUCCUGUCAGUACCACUAAUAAAGUUGUUAUUUAUAAGCAGUGAAGUGAUUGCUGACAUUUUUUCCAACUGAGCCACUGCACUGUACUGUACCUAACAUGUCCAAUUGGCUUAUGAUGAUUUGUGUAUAAAAUGUUGUAAUGUGUUGCAAUCUCUGAAUUAAAUAUGAUUCUACAA